CUAAUAAUUUAUAUUGUAAGCGAACUGUGGGGUAAAUUAAAUGUAAAAAAAAAAAACAACAACAAAAAAACAGUUUGUGCCUUUAUUUUGAGCUUUUUCAUGUGAUUGGUUAGUCAGUGAAGCCACCUGUGGUGACUGAAGAGGGUGGGAAUGCGGGGAGAAAACAACACGCAAUAGAGGAAGAAGUGACAGGCAGGUCAGGAGGACAGAAGAAAAAAUGGAGCAGCAGAAAUACUGACAAACACUGGAUAUCUGCGGACAAUGCUGCACAUCUGUAGCUUAAUUUCAGUUACCUCAAAAAGUUUGUGCGCGUGUCCCUGUGGUCGGCUAAAGCUGACGUUGGUGAUGACACCGGAAAGGACCGUGGAUGCGUUAUGGAGAGGACUGCAUGUUUGUGUGCCUCCUCAGCAGGAUUCACUAUCGCUGCUGCCGGAUGUCACCUUUUUCCCCCGGAUUGACGCGGAAGUGGACUCGGGUGGGACACACAAAGUCGUCGUCUGGGUCAUUGCCACUGGAGCUGAAUGUCACAAAGCCAACCUUCGCCCCCGCCACAUGAUCCAUGAUCCAAGUCUGGAAUUCAGACACUCUGGCAUAGACAUCAGGGACAUUACCCAAGGCGCAAGGUUCCCCAAAACUGUGUCUCCAAGUGAAAUACAAGCCAGCCCAAACACAAAUGCAACCCUCCCCUGCAACGCAACAUUCCCUCAUUCCGCAUUGGAGGAUGAUAUAGACAAGUCUCUCAUCGAAGUCAGCUGGAUAAGAAACGGCUCUAACAUCGCCUCAUUCAGAGAAGCAGUGGCGCAUAUAAAGGAAGGUUUCACUUGGGACACUAGUGAUUUUGUCAACGGGGACUUUUCACUGACCGUCCUCAGAGCUGGUCUGGACCUGCAGGGGUUGUAUGAAUGCACAAUCAGCUACAACUCCACAACACUGCACUUCAGCAGCGUUACAUUUAGCAUCCUCUCUCCCCCCACUCUCUUAAUCCCUCAGCAGUGGAUGGUGUUAGAAACAGAGAGCCAUCUUAAAUGCCAUGCAGACGGUUUCUACCCUCCUCCUGUCUUUUUCUCCUGGACCAGAGAUGGACAAGUUAUUCAACCUCCCUACCUCGUUGAAGGUGAACAGACCUCAAGUGGGUACUACAUGGCUGUGGGCAACCUGACCCUCUUCCCGUCCCACGGGGACCAGAAUGUGACCUUUGGCUGCAGAGUGUCACACAAUGGCAGCGACCGAGAGCUGGAUUUCCAUCUCAAUAUCACCUAUCUCCCGUCUGUUAGACUUUCUGUUGUCCCUUCGCAGUCCAACAAUGUCCCUGUCACUCUUUACUGUGACAUGGAGAAUUUCUACCCUGAGGAAGUGUCUGUGUCCUGGCUUCAAAAUGGCACAGUCCUCCCUGAGCCACCAGCCACUGAACUGAACCCAGAUGGGACCUACAGGACCAGACGCUAUUAUACGCUGAGCCCCGAGCAGAGGGAACAGGGUGGGAAGGUCGAGUGUGCAGUACACCAACCUGGGGUAGUGCACCCUGUCAGCAGCUCGGAGUACCUUGAAAAUCUGAACCCCAGAGAUGAGGCUCCGGUGCUGACCAAAUCAGCCAAAGCAUCUGUGGCUAUGAUGUGCAUUUCUCUGGUACUGGUUUUCCUGCUCUGCUUUGGCUUUUCUUGGAGGAGGAGAGAUGAGAAACAGAAGUCUCUGAAUGUGUCCGGGAUCAUUCUCCCUCCGCGAGUGAUUGUUGGUCAAAAGGGCAGAGUGACAGUGAGCAUUGAGGGCAGGAGGGUGGACCGAGUCCAGACUGCAUGGUUUCUCAAUGACAACCCUAUCUGUGACACUUCACUCACAGUGUCAGAGAAAGGCCCUCUGCUGUCCUCCAGAGGAGAUAUGGGUUACUACAAGCUGCACACUCAGGGGCCGCUGCACUCAUCUGGAAGUGGCAUCCAACAGCUGAUCUCCUCCCUCACCUUCAUCCCCCAGAUUUCAGUCCACAAGGGGGCUGUGUUUAAGUGUCAGGUGUCGUACAUGGGCAAAGACAAGAUCGCAGUGGAGAGAGUCUCAGAGAAGUUUACUAUCCUGUCUGCUCCAGAAGUUUCAGAAAUCCAGCUGGCAGAGACACCAAGUGACUCUGAUGUUAUCAGCAUGACUGUCCGGGCGUCACAUUUCCAUCCAGAUGUCAUCACCUUCCGCUGGUUCUGCCAGGGGAGUGAGCUGAGCCCUGUGGCCUCUCAGGCCUCGUCCUCCCCUCGACCCAACUCCGAAGGCUUCUUCUCAGCCUUCAGCCAGUGUAAACUGCCCCGCAGUGAACUGGAAAAGGGAGGCACUAAAGUAUGGGUCAGUGUCCACCACAUCGCACUUAAGCAGCCGGUCACCCGUGAGACCAGAGGAUUCAUCAAAAGACCAUGUGUGUCCGAAAUCGUCAGCUCCACUUCUUCCCCAGACCAGACUCUGAUGCUUGGAUGUGAGAUCACAGAUUUCUACCCUCCGAACGUAUCAGUCACCUGGCUGAGGCUCAGGGAGGGAGAACAAGAUGACAGAGAGGAGGAGGUGAUAGAAGGAGGAGAGAUGUGGGGCCCCGUACAGACUCAGCCCAGACUCUACAGGGCCACAGCCACUCUGAGAAGAAAGGCAGCCAAUCAGGAGAAAAAGGAGAGAGGAGGAGGGAUUAUUUGUAGAGUGGAGCACUGUUCUCUACACGAGCCGAUCGAGAAACACUGGAAAAAUGUUGACAUUGUUGCUCCCUCCAUUCCUCCAUCACUCUCUGUCUGUUGGAGCAGUGAAGGGGUCGGUGUGUUCUCUCUGCUGUUGAAGGGAGGUCAUCCUAAAGUCAAAUUACUGUGGGCAGCAGGAGGAGCCACACUUACACCGUUAGUGUCCAACGAGACAGAGGAGAUAGGAGACGACGGACAGAGGGAGCUGAAAAGCGUGUGCGCUCUGGAGAGGUCCACGAGCCUGCCAAGUCCGCCAAACACACAGCUGGGGAGACGGAAGAAUGGACAUGCAAUAAAAACAAAAGCUGCUGUCACGGACCCUCACACUGAAGGAAUCGAAUACAUCGAUGAAAAUGUGGAUGGAGAGAACAACAACAUUGACAGGGAUGAGGAAACAAAGUCAGACGUGGAUGAGGACAGUGUCAAAGAAACAGAGGAAGACCCGGGAGCGCUGCACAUCAACAGGGUCAACUUGAGGAAGGGUCCCAGAGAAAAUGAGAGAGCGCGGUUGAGGGUUUGCGUGGAGAUCACACACCCUGCACUCAAGCUUCCUGUUUAUCGAACCUGGACAGAGCCCAAUGAGGAAAUUUCAUCUUCCGCAUGAAAACCCUGAUGUGUGCAAGAGUGCCUCUCUGUUUCAUAUAUCCCAUGUAAUAUAUCUAAUAUAUAUCUUUAUAGUAAAUAUAAAGUAGUAGUCAAGUUAGUCCAACAUUUUUGGCUUUUAUUUAUUACUAUCUGUUCUUAAUCUGUCAUCCAUUACCUUUUUUCUUCAUGAUUUUAUACAAAUGUCCAUAUUUUUGUAUGAAUAAU